ACUCGGAUCGUGGAGAUUAGUAAAGCAGCACAUCGAUCAGAUCUACAGUAGCUCCACAACUCACCAUUUGGUCGUUGACCAGAAGAAAGAAACACAGAGAGUUGAAGAGAGAAAAAAAAACUAUGGAGGAAGCGGCACAUCCUUACGUUCCGAGAGAUCUGAAACUGCCGGGAUACGUACCAAUCUCAAUGUCUAUGUCUUUCAUCCUCGCUGUCUACCUCGGUGCUUCCCUCCUUGUCGUCUCCCUCGUCUGGCUUCUCUUAGGGAGGAAGAAAGCUAAAGUUGAGAAAUUGCUAAUGUGUUGGUGGGCAUUCACUGGUCUCACUCACAUUAUCCUCGAAGGCUAUUUCGUUUUCACCCCUGAGUUUUUCAAGGACAACACUUCUUGUUAUCUCGCUGAAGUCUGGAAAGAAUACAGCAAAGGUGAUUCGAGAUACGCAGGAAGGGAUUCUGCAGUUGUAUCUAUUGAAGGGAUCACUGCUGUUAUCGUCGGCCCUGCUUGUCUCUUAGCUAUAUAUGCCAUUGCUAAGGAGAAGUCGUAUAGCUACGUGCUUCAGCUUGCGAUCUCGCUUGGGCAGCUCUACGGAUGUUUGGUCUACUUCAUUACUGCUAUCUUGGAAGGAGACAACUUUGCUACGAACUCAUUCUACUAUUACUCAUACUACAUUGGUGCAAACGGAUGGUGGAUCUUGAUACCGCUACUCAUUUCUUUCCGUUGCUGGAAAAAGAUUUGUGCAGCUGUUGCCAACAACAUCGUCGAGACAAAGACAAAGACAAAGACAAAGAAGAAGAACCGUUGAAGCAAAGAUCAAAGACUCUUCUUCUUCUUCCAACAUUCGACCUAGUGAUCUGAUCUCUUUAUCUCUUCAGGUCAUUGUUAUUAUUAUAGCAAUGAACAUGAGUCUCCUUUUGCGGACGAUUUAUCCAAUUUAAAAACUUUUGGCUAUGUUAUAUCUUUACAGCAAUGAACAAGGGGUAUAAUUGAUCCAUUUUUCAUUUGAUA